UUUUCGCGGGAUUUGAAGCGGGAUUUGCCUCGGGAAAAUUUUUCAAUGACGUUUCUCCACAAUUCUCCACACGCAAAAAGAAACCUAUUUUGCAAGUUGUUUACCUUUGUGAAACAACAGUGUUAUUUAUUAAAACUAUGGAAAGCUUUGAAGAAAAUUUAUUGCUGGUGGCUGCUUCAAUACUGACGAUAGGCUUAUUAUUAAAAAAGAAGAGGAAUACAAGGAAAAAUAAGAGGAGUUGCUGGGUGAAUCCUUAUUUGUGGCAGAGAAAUUUAAAGGGACGAUUUGCUGAAGAUUUCGAUGAUUUGCGGGCAUGGAAGAGUGAAUUCGCUCAAAACUUCCACAUGGAAGAGAAGCAAUUUCAGGAGCUGUUCCAAAGGGUUAAACAUCGGCUGGAACCGAAGAGAUGUACUCGUCCAGAUGGAAUAAGCGCAAAACAACGUUUUGCUUACACUCUAGAGUAUCUCGCUGGUGGGCCUUUUUUUGAAAGAUAUGCGGCAAGCAACUACCGUUUCAGCAAGGCUACAAGCUGCAUCAUUAUAAAGGACACAUGUCAGAUUAUUUACGAAGAGCUGGCAAAAACGGAGUUCAUGUCAUACACGAAAGAAAACUGGUUGACAGUAGCGGAUGGGUUCAGGAACAAAUGGAACAUGCCCAACUGCCUUGGCUCAUUGGAUGGCAAACAUGUUCGCAUCAAGUGUCCAGCCAAUGCAGGAUCCUUGUACUACAAUUACAAGCGCUACCAUAGCAUCAUAUUGAUGGCAGCCAGUGAUGCAAACUACCGGUUCACAUUUAUCGACGUUGGGUCUCCUGGCGCAGAUGGUGAUGUAAAUGUUUUUUCCAGGACUGAAUUCGGAAAGCAAAUUUUGGAGGACACUUCAUUUUUGGAUUUACCGCAAGAUGCUCCCAUCAACGGUGCAGACCUGUCAUAUUUCUUUAUUGCAGAUGAUGCUUUUCCCCUAUCUCAUCGAAUUAUGAAACCUUAUGGAACAGCAAACGCACUUACUAAUGACCAAAGGAUCUUCAAUUAUAGACUCUCACGUGCGCGUCGUACUGUUGAAAACGCAUUUGGUAUUAUGACGAUGCGGUGGGGAUGUCUUCGAUCAGAGUUUCUUUGUGCUCCUGACAAGGUGAAAGUCAUCGUUGCUGCAUGCUGCGCACUUCAUAAUUUUUUAUUGAGUAGAGAUGCUGCAUAUGGCAGGACGGCAGACCGUUAUGAUAAAGAUGGGCAGCUUAUCGAAGGAGAGUGGCGUAUGUUACAACAGUUUGACCAAAUUGAUGGCCAAAGGCGUGGACGUCCAAAUGAAUCCGGAAGUUUUAUUCGACGUAAAUUAACCGAGUAUUUCAACAACAUCGACAUAUUGCCGUUCCAGUAUACUCGGGCAAAUUGUAUUUAAACAAUAUUAGAGAACUGAGUUUUUAAUAUGAAUCUUAAUAUUAUUACCUAAUAAAUAUAUAUUAAAUGCAGAUUAUGAUUCUUGUAAAGUAUAUUAAUGUAUGAGAUCCAGAAGUAGGAGAGACCGAGGCAAGUUAGUGAGGAUUUCGUCUUCUACGUUAUAAGCCACAAAAUGUUCCUUUUUCUAGAAACUACA